UCCGGGCUAGAGCUGCUGUUAGCCAGCGUGAGACGAGCCUGGUGGGACUGUAGCGGGAGCCCAGCCGGGACUGUCGCGCGGGCCGCGCCGGCGAUGCCGCGCCCCCGGGCCAGGCUGUAGCGGGGCUGCGGCCGGAGCGCACGCGCCGGGCAGGCGGGCCAUGGAGGUGGUGGACGAGACCGAAGCGCUGCAGCGCUUCUUCGAAGGUCAUGACAUCAGUGGUGCCCUGGAGCCCUCCAAUAUAGACACCAGUAUCCUGGAGGAGUACAUUGGCAAGGAGGAUGCCGCUGAUCUCUGCUUCCCUGACAUCUCUGCACCAGCCAGCACAGCCUCCUUCCCCCACGGGCCACCAGCCAUCCCCGGCUCCAGCGGGCUCCACCAUCUGAGCCCCCCUGGGAGUGGACCAUCCCCCGGGCGCCAUGGCCCCCUCCCACCCCCGACCUACGGCACCCCACUCAACUGCAACAACAACAACGGCAUGGGCACUGCCCCCAAGCCCUUCCUGGGGGGCUCUGGGCCUCCCAUCAAGGCAGAGCCCAAGGCUCCCUAUGCCCCAGGCACACUGCCAGACUCGCCCCCAGACUCAGGCUCUGAGGCCUACUCCCCUCAGCAGGUGAAUGACCCCCAUCUUCUGCGUACCAUAACCCCGGAGACUCUGUGCCACGUGGGAGUUCCUUCCCGACUGGAGCACCCGCCCCCACCUCCAGCCCACUUGCCAGGCCCCCCACCACCCCCGCCACCCCCAGCUCACUACCCUGUCAUCCAGCGUGACCUGUACAUGAAGGCUGAGCCCCCUGUACCCCCCUAUGCUGCCAUGGGGCCGGGUCUGGUGCCCCCCGAACUCCACCACUCCCAGCAGACUCAGGUGCUACACCAGCUGUUGCAGCAGCAUGGAGCUGAGCUCCCACCACACCCCUCCAAGAAGAGGAAGCACUCUGAAUCACCCCCCAACACCCUCAAUGCCCAAAUGCUGAAUGGAAUGAUCAAGCAGGAACCUGGAACUGUGACAGCCCUGCCCCCACACCCUGCCAGAGCUCCGUCCCCGCCAUGGCCUCCCCAGGGCCCGCUGUCACCUGGGGCUGGCUCCUUGCCCCUCAGCAUUGCCCGAGUCCAGACUCCACCUUGGCACCCACCAGGUGCACCCUCCCCAGGCCUCCUGCAGGACAGUGAUAGCCUCAGUGGCUCCUAUCUGGACCCCAACUACCAGUCCAUCAAGUGGCAGCCGCAUCAGCAGAACAAGUGGGCAACCCUGUAUGAUGCCAACUACAAGGAGCUGCCUAUGCUCACCUAUCGUGUGGACGCUGACAAGGGCUUCAACUUUUCGGUGGGUGACGAUGCUUUUGUGUGCCAGAAAAAGAACCACUUCCAGGUGACGGUGUACAUCGGCAUGCUGGGUGAGCCCAAGUAUGUUAAGACGCCGGAAGGCCUCAAGCCGCUCGACUGCUUCUACCUGAAGCUGCAUGGAGUGAAGCUAGAGGCCCUGAACCAGUCUAUCAACAUUGAACAGUCACAGUCAGAUAGAAGCAAGAGGCCCUUCAACCCUGUCACGGUCACUCUUCCCCCUGAGCAGGUCACAAAGGUGACCGUGGGGCGGCUCCAUUUCAGUGAGACCACUGCCAACAACAUGCGAAAGAAGGGCAAGCCCAACCCUGACCAGAGGUAUUUCAUGCUGGUGGUGGCCCUCCAGGCACAUGCACAGAACCAGAACUACACACUGGCAGCCCAGAUCUCAGAGCGCAUCAUUGUGCGGGCCUCUAACCCAGGCCAGUUUGAGAGUGACAGUGACGUCCUGUGGCAACGGGCACAGCUGCCAGACACCGUCUUCCACCAUGGCCGUGUGGGCAUCAACACAGACCGGCCAGAUGAGGCACUGGUUGUGCAUGGCAAUGUCAAGGUCAUGGGAUCCCUCAUGCACCCUUCAGAUUUGCGGGCCAAGGAGCAUGUGCAGGAGGUGGACACCACGGAGCAGUUGAAGAGGAUCUCUCGCAUGAGGCUAGUGCACUACAGAUACAAGCCCGAGUUCGCUGCCAGUGCAGGCAUUGAGACCAUGGCGCCAGAGACAGGUGUCAUCGCACAGGAAGUGAAGGAGAUCUUGCCUGAGGCUGUGAAAGACACAGGAGAUGUCGUCUUUGCCAACGGGAAAACCAUAGAGAAUUUCCUGGUGGUGAACAAGGAGAGGAUCUUCAUGGAGAAUGUGGGGGCUGUGAAGGAGUUAUGCAAACUGACAGACAACCUGGAGACUCGCAUCGAUGAGCUGGAGCGCUGGAGCCACAAACUGGCCAAACUGCGGCGCCUUGACAGCCUCAAGUCAACCGGCAGCUCUGGAGCUUUCAGCCAUGCAGGGAGCCAGUUUAGUCGGGCAGGCAGUGUCCCCCACAAGAAGAGGCCCCCUAAGGUGGCCAGCAAGUCAUCACCAGUGAUCCCAGACCAAGCCUGCAUCAGCCAGCGUUUCCUGCAGGGAACCAUCAUUGCCCUGGUGGUGGUCAUGGCCUUCAGCGUGGUGUCCAUGUCCACCCUGUAUGUGCUGAGCCUGCGCUCUGAAGAGGACCUGGUGGAUGCUGAUGGCUCUUUUGCCGUGUCCACUUCCUGUCUCCUGGCCCUGCUCCGGCCCCAGCAUCCUGGGGGGAGAGAGGCCAUGUGCCCAUGGUCCAGCCAGAGCUUUGGAACCACGCAACUCCGACAGUCCUCUGUGACCACUGGAAUGCCAGGCACACAGCCCUCUUUGCUGCUGGUCACCAGUUCGGCCUCAGGUCGCGCUCUCCGUGUCUUGGACCUGUGCUCUGGCCAGCCCUGCCCCAUGGUCUGCUGCUCCACUCCCUCCUCCAGUCCUGUUACAGAUCCUAGCCUUGGCCCCACCGUUAUCCCUUCUGCAAGCCCCAAGCCCAGCCCCAACCACUCAGGCCCCAGCCAGAUGGCCCCGCUGCCAGUCACCAACAUCAGAGCCAAAUCCUGGGGCAUUUCAGCUAAUGGCAUCGGCUAUUCCAAGCACUCCAAGAGCCUGGAACCUCUAGCCAGUCCUGUGGUCCCCUUUCCUGAGGGGCAGAGCAAGACCAAGAACAGCCCCAGCCUCGGUCUCCACAGUCGUGCUCGCAGAGGAGCCCUUCAACCCAGCCCAAGCCCUGCCCAACUCACUCAGACCCAGGGCCAGCUAGACCCAGUGCCAUCCCUGAGCUCCAUCCAGCUGCUGGAGAAUUCCAUGCCUAUUACUUCCCAGUAUUGUGUGCCAGAGGAUGCCUGCAGGCUUGGAAACUUCACCUACCACAUCCCUGUGAGCAGCAGCACCCCACUGCACCUCCGCCUGACCCUGCAGAUGAAUUCCUCCACCCCUGUAUCUGUGGUAUUGUGCAGCCUGACGUCAAAGGAGGAGCCCUGUGAGGAGGGGGGCUUUUUGCAGAGCCUCCACCCCCAUCAGGACACCCAGGGCACCUCUCAUCGGUGGCCAGUAACCAUCCUGUCCUUCCGUGAAUUCACAUACCACUUCCGGGUGGCAUUGCUGGGUCAGGCCAGCUGCAGUUCAGAGGCCAUCGCCCAGCCAGCCACAGACUACUACUUCCACUUCUACCGCCUGUGUGCCUGAGCCGCCUCGAGGCAAUGCCACAGCCGGGGUCGCGUCCCGCGCCCUCAACACUGGAUGCAAAUGUGUUACACUGGAGCCUGCUGCAGGCCAGCUCUCUGCUCUUCACUGCCUCCCCUUGACCGAGGAGACUGGAAAUCUUCACACUGGAGCUGCUGGGCAAGCUGGUCAACCUCAAACAGCAUACCGGAGGCCAGAGUGACCAGCACCCUGAGCCUUCCCUCCUGGCCACCUCCUUGGGGCAGCAUAGAACAAAUUCAUAGCUGUCUAGAUAUGGUUGCCGGAAGGCUGGGUGCAGGGGUCCUGUAGGCAAGGGAAAGCUAUGGUCCUGACUUGUCCACUCCCAAUUCUUCUUCUGAGCUUUGGUGGAGAGAAGACCCAUGGGGGUUGGAUGCAGACCUGUAACACCUAGCUGGACCACAUGAGUCCAUGGAAAGCUAAUAACGCUCGCCUUUUAUGCUGUUCCCAGGAGGGACAGCUUGUUGGUAGACUUUCUGGGGUUUGACUGUUACACUAGACCUGGAUUUCUAAGCUUUAAUGUGGUUGGUUCAGGAGAGUUCUCCCUAGGAGCGCUUAGCACCUAAGAAUUCCCAAGGCAGUCAGGGCCAGCCCUGGAUGGCUGGAGAAGCUGAUCUUAACGUCUUAAGUCUACUGGUACCUGAUGGAACCACCUUCACAGGCCUGAACCAGUGGGGCUGAUAGGCGAGGUAAGCCUUGGACACUGAGCCUGGAAGUUUCCCAAGCUCAUGAUGGAGUUGGUGACAUGAUUAUUUUGAGCAGAGGAGCAGGAAUCCCUGCAAGCAGUAGGCCGGUUUCCGUUGGAAGGUGGAUGCAGAUAACUUUUAUUAAUGAUGUAAUUACUAAAAUGCACUUAAACCAGGGCAGCAAGGAAUAGGAAGAAGCAAGAAAGCUGAGUGGGCCUCAAUUGGAGGGACAUUAGUAGACAAGAAGAUUCUGGUUCCCCAGAUCAAAGUUCCCCUCUCCUGGCUUGGAUCCCUGCUCAGUGGGCCCCAUCUUUGCCUCUUUUACCUCCAGGAGAGGAGUAGUGGGUUUGGGUUAGAAGAUUUUACUUAAGUGACAGCUCCAGUAUUUCUUAGUGGCACCUACAGCAUUCUGAGGUCACAGCAGACUCCUGGAAGGAGUGCUGCAAUCAUUUAGUCAUAUGUCAUGAGUUCAGCUGUGGGAAAGGGGAUUGCUCAUACCUCAUGGUAUUCUGACCCUUUGGACAGCAGGCCUUGCCUUUUCUAACUUCCCAUUCUCAGCUCUAAAUGGGAAGCCUUUGUAGAGGGGAGCUGAGUCCAGGAAGCCUAUCAACUGUGGGUUUGCCAUGGAUUUCAAAGCACUUACCCUCAGGAUAGAGGACAGCAGGGAUACCCUGCCCCCAAGCUUUCUCCCCAGCUUGGCUCCACUCCUUCAUUCUGCCAUAGGAAUCAUGGCCCCCUACAUCAGGCCAUGCCUGCCUUAAACCACUCUGUUCUGCCCUCCCUCAGGGUAGCCCUUCCCACAGUGCCUUACUUUGACUGCCCAGCCCCACUGCUUUUAGUAGCAUGCUGCAGCUCCCUCACCAGAGGAAGUGUUCUCGGACUGUGGCCCCAGUCCUUACCUGGAAAGUGACCCUCCAUUACCCCGGGAGUCCAUCUGGACACAGCAAGCCUAGACCCAUUGACAGCUGCCUGUUUGCAUGCCUGGGGAGGGUUCCUCAGUGUGAGUUGGGGCCAAAUUUGGGCUCCAAGCUGCUUGAGGGGGUCAACCUUGGACCAAAGUCGCCUUAAGCCCCAAGUAUAAAAGGGCAUAGGGGAAGGUAAAAGGGCCACAGGUUGGAAGCUGACAGCCUGUCUGGCCUUCCUUUCCUCUCUCCCUUCUGGUGUGUUCCUAUAGCCACUGGGCUAAUCUCCCCCUUGCUUUAAGCUGUACAUAGGCCCCCCAGCACAGACCCCUGCCCAUGAUAUACCCCUUAGAGGCCUAUGUGUUCAUAGAGCGUCUCCCAUCCCGCUCAUCUUUCCCUUAACUGCUCAUCUUUCCCGAGCUCUGACUCCUAUUUAUCACAUACUCACUCUGACUCUGAGGAAGGCAGAGGGAAGCCACUGGGCCUACUUGCUUCCUGUCCCCAAAACUGUCCUUUUCUUCUGAAGUAAAUAUACAUAUAUAAAUAAAUGUAUAAAUACUGCUUUGUAUCUGAA